ACAUUUGGAGUUGUAUUCUUCAUGUCAUACGUCUACAGAGAGCGCGAUCGCGAGCGGGACUGGGAUGACUCCCGCUCGACCGUAUCUAUCAAGCGUUACGUCAUCCCCUCGGAGGAAGAGCGUGAGCGUGAUCGUGAGCGUGAUUUCUUCUAUCGCCAUGAGGACCCGGCCGGCCAAGAGCUGGUUAUCCGGCGCACUCAUGAGCGAGAGGAGCCGGUGAUGAUCCAGAGGUACGAACGAGAGGUUGACUACGACUCGCACCCACUUGACUACCGCUCCGAAAGAGACUAUUACGAACCACGCGGCCCCGUCUACGUCAAUCCACGAGAGUCUGAUUAUGAUAUUGUGCGACGGUCGGAAGUGGAUCGCGAGCCUGGAGGCUAUUACUAUCAUCGUCGGGUCCGCGAGUGGGAUGAAGACCGUCGCUCCCGACGCGAACUUAGCCCCAGCGACUCUGUCUCACAGGCUACGCGCCGUCGCGAUGAAGAGGACUACAGCAGCGAUGAGAGCAUUGUGUACAUUCGCAAAGAAACACGGGAGUACGAUGAUCAUCCCCAUCGGCGGCGACAUCUAGCCGAGGGUGCCCUAGUAGGUGUCGGGGCCGCAGAACUUCUUCGCAACCAUCACAAGAAAGAAGGAGAAGAAGUGCCCGAGGGAGUUGGCCGUCUGGGACGGGACGUCGGUGCCGGUGCAUUGGGUGCCAUCGCUGCUGAAGCAGUCUCACGUGCAAGAGAGCACUAUCGCAGCAAGAGUCGUCAUCGCUCCCACUCUUUCGAUGACGAUCGCAGAUCACACUCCCGUCAUCACCGCCAUCAUCGUCAUAGCCACAGCCGUCGAAGUCGCAGUCGCUCUCACUCCCACUCGCGCGCGCGGACGCUCGCGGAACUCGGCCUAGGUGCCGCUGCUAUUGCUGGGGCUGUCGCCCUGGCACGAAACAAGUCCAAUUCCAACAAGGACAGACGCAGCCGGUCUCGUCACCGCCGUGCUGCCAGCUCCACACGGUCGUUGCCACUGAACAAAGAUGGGGAGCGCAGCCAGUCCAAAAGUAGAAAGCAUAUGGCGGAGGCUGGCCUUGCUGGAGCAGCAGUGGCAGGCCUGAUCGAGAGGGCCCGGAGCCACUCACGUCCAGGGCGACGUGAUCGGUCUCGGUCCAAGAGCGUCAUCAGGAAAGCCCUGCCAGUACUAGCGGCCGGCCUUGGGACAGCUGCGGCUACUGGAUUAUAUGAGAAGAACAAGGACAAGAGAGAAGCCUCACGCAACAGGGAACGUCGACGCUCACGAUCUCGCAGCCGCGCCCCUUCAGAGGUUUACUCUGAUCCAACAAAGUCCUCUCCUGGUCUGAUCGAGUACGGAGAACACCCAGUCCAUGGUAGUAUUCCUGCCAACUAUUACGGUCGGCCUGGGAGCUCACAUGGAUACUACUCGGAUGCAUCUGACCCGGUUGCAAGUGGCGCAGCAGGCUUCGGAUCAACAAGGCGCCGGCCUUAUAGCCGCAGUCGUAGUCGCAGUCGAGGCCGGGCAGCUCGCUACAGUAGUGAUUCGUCCGACUCAGAAAUUGACAGCCGGAGAAGACAACGAGGCGGGCACGAACGGCAUCGCAGUCGCUCGCGGGAAUUCGCCGAGGCUGCUUUAGGAGCUGCAGGAGUCGGUUACGCAGCCCACAAGCUUGCGCAGCGUAAUGAGCGUAAGAAGGCAGAGCGAGACCGAGACAGAUCGGAUGAAGAAGCUCCGUACCAGCAUGAUCCGUAUCCGCCAUCUCCUGCUGCCCCUCGGCCGAUCGACGAUCACCAGUACUACCCUAACACCAAUCACUUUCCUCCACCCCCUGGCUCCGCGCCUCGCACGGAACCAGCACCUUACAACCCUGCCGAUUACCCACCUCCACCCGGCGCUGUGCCACCGCAGCCGUAUGCUCAUCCUGCGCAUCCUGAGUCAGACCCGUAUGCACCUCGGCCCCGAAGGGUAGAAGAGAAUGUGAGUCUAGAUGCACGAUCAUCGCUAAGAACCCCGCGCCCGAAAAAGCGACCACCCCGCGCCGCCAGCCAGCCGGCAAGGCCGAAAUCGGUUGCCUUUGACCUUGAAUCGAAACAUGAAGGACAGCAUGAUCCAGGAUACGAAACGGAUGAUAGUGACUCUACCAUUGCAUCAAUACAUGGCUAUGGGCGCAACCGCACUCCACGCCGGCGCCACUCGUCCUCUGAGCCGUUCGCUGCACGUACUCGGUCUGAAGAUCGGUGCCGCAAAGAUGGGGCGGAAUCUGAUUCCGACUCUACUAUUGAUUUGCCUGACCGGUUUGACUCGCAGGGACGCCUUUUACCCCAGCCCGGAGAUGAUCCUUUGGCGGACGGAUUGGAGACACUGCUCAGGGGAAUCAACCGUGUCUUUGUUUAACUGACUUUUGUGGUUUUGUUUGUGCACCUUAUCUUUCUUUCCUUGUUAUGCCUAAUGUUUCUUUUCUCACUAAUGUAGUAACGACGUGAUGAUCAUGACAAUCUCGGUAGUUAAUGAAUGAAUGGAUGGAUGAAUGUCAAUAAAGUCCGACGUCCGGCCGAAAGGAUUUCCAUGGAGUAUGCAGGAGGGCGGUCACUUAUCGUCACCUGCCGAUCCGCUGAUCUGAUCAUUUGCCUAAACUGGUGGCAUGCAUGAACCAUAACCCUAUCAAGCAAGUACUCGAGAACAUGCAGAGGUACGGAGUCUGCAGUGGUUAAGUUGGGUUCACUUACUUGUUACCUGAAUAUGGUGGAAGCGCCGUCUUCAGUUCCGCACAC